AUGGCUACUGAAGGAGCCCCCAUGCAGAACAAUGCAGCUUCAGCAGAUCGGGAUACUGCCCAGCUAGUCAAAGAACACUCGCAUGCAUUCCAGAACAGAUUAAAUACAACUGAAACGGAUAGCCCACCUAUUCCCGAUGCAGAAAGGUCCGAUAUAGACACCGACCAGCUGAAGGCGGAGGCAGGGCUUGAGGCACCCAAGCCUGCUCCAGAAACUGAGCCACCUACUACCACCGAGCCUGCAGGGUCUGCUCAGGGCAGUAUCCCCGUUGCCCGCAAGUCGCAGAUUCCAGUAGGGCCCAAAGGUGAAAUAGUGGCGGGCGACAAACGUGACAUUGACUCAACUGUGACGCCCACUCCGGCCCAGCCUGAGGAUGAGCAACGAACGCUUGAACCGUCAGAUGAGCCUAAUACCAAGAAGCUGAAGACAGAAGACAAGCCUGUCACAGAUUCCAAUGGCACCGCUGCUGCUCCCUCCAACAUAGGCAACGGAGGACAGAAGAAGGCUAGUCGGUCCAAGAAGGAGAAGAUCAAGGAUGUCGUGAACAAGGUUAUCCCAGGAGAUGGCAUUGGUAGUCGGACUCGCAGCCGGACCAAGGGUACUUAA